UGACGAUGUGGAAGAUCUUGUUGGUCCUCUUUCUCUCAGAGAGGUUCAUCCUCUCCACAUGCGACCAGCAUCAGUAUCACUUUGUCAGUGGAUCUUUCACCUGGAGCGAAGCUCAGGCCUACUGCAGACAGAAACACACAGACCUGGCCACCGUCCAGAGUCCCACAGAAGUGGAGCGAGUUUUGGAUACGCUUUCAUCUGCUGGUCACACAUCGGAGGUCUGGAUCGGUUUGUACAGUGAGAUCGACUGGAGGUGGUCUGAUGGUUUCACAGGGAGCGGGGCUGAAUACAGGGACUGGGAAACCUCUGAUGAUGAACCAGAUUUUUAUUAUGCCUACCAGUUCUGUGUGUUGAUUGCUAACAAUGGCAAAUAUUGGGAUGAUUCCUGCAGCAUCUCGUACCCAUUUAUCUGCUACAACGGCACACAGGAGAAUCCUGAAUAUGUUCUGGUCAAUGAACCCAGAUCCUGGUCCGAUGCUCAGAAGUACUGCAGGCAGAACUUCAGAGACCUGGCUACCAUCAGGAACCACACAGAAAACCAGAGAGCUCAAAGUUUGCUUCCUAGUCCGGCCUUUGUAUGGAUUGGUCUGUUUAGAGAUCCAAACUUUCACUGGUCUGAUGGGAGCAGAUUUGUCUACAGAAACUGGGCAAAAGUUUUCAACAUAAUAGGCUCCAACAGAAUCAUUUGUGGAGUCACAUGGAGUCCAGGGCAAUGGAGGUUUCGCUCAUGUGAAACAAAAAGGUCAUUUGUUUGCCACAGCCUCCCAGAAAUGAAACGGCUUGUGAAGCUGAGACUGAAGACUGAGGACUCUGUCAAUCUGAACGAUCCGCUUGUGAUGGCAAACAUCCUGAAAAAGCUGCAGGACAGACUGAAUGAGAAUGGAACGAGUGGAACCACCUUGAAAUGGAGAGAGCAGCCUGACGGAGACGUCUAUAAGAAGAAGAAGAAGGCCGAACUCUGAGUUAUUAAUCUCAAUUUAGUACGAUAUAAAUCUGGUUUAUAUCUCUGGUCACUGGCAGUUCAAAUGUAAUCAUAUAGCCUCAAUCUGUAAUGUGGUUUUUUUAUGAUUUUGUAAUAAUGAAAAAUUAGCUUUAGAAUUUUAAUUUUUUAUUUUAUUUUAUAUAUUUUGGAUCACAGUCUUGACUUGAAACUGAUGUAGAAUUUAUAGAAGUAGGUAAAGAUUGACGGGUUGAGGCAAGAAACUCAUCACCAAAGAUUCAUGAUUCAAUCAAAGGUCUGUUUUGCUGCUUUGAACUAAUCUGAGCUUCUUUUGAUUCGAUCCACUGGAUUGGAUCACACUGUCUGACUUUUGUCAAACUUUUAUUCUACGUGUGAAUAUUAAUAAUAAACUUAUUA